AAUACGUAGGAAAAAAAAACACUUCUAAUCUCUUAUGAUUCAUGAACCUGUCCCCACUACUAUGGCACUAUCCUGGCCGCCAUGCCCACUCCUGGUAUCCUAUGAUAUCAACCGCAUCCUCUAUUCCAGUUCUUCUCCACCUCGUCCUCGUGCCUUCUCGCCCGCCCCCCCAAAAUUCACCCGGCCACCCUCUACCACCACGUCGGCGCGGGUAGCAAGCAGUUGGUCUCAUCGUCCUCGCACCUGACAACGUCGCGGUUCGCGCUCUCGCCUCGUGCCGCGCGCCCAUUCCUCGCCCUCGUCUCCUGCGAGUUCCCACGCCCCCCGGUGCCGCCACCCCGGAGCCAGUCCUCGCCGCAUUGUUCCCCUCCUCCUGGUGAUCCCGCACCGCGCUGUGUCCGCUCCAUCUUCCUCCGCCGCCACGCUCAUCGCCGGUUCAUGUUUCAUCUUAAGGAAUGACCAGCAGUCGACAAAUGGAACUGCACUACAUAAACACUGGAUUUCCAUACACAAUCACCGAGAGUUUCAUGGAUUUCUUUGAGGGUCUCACUUAUGCUCAUGCUGACUUUGCUCUCAUGGAUGGCUUUCAGGAUCAGGGUAAUCCGUACUGGACAAUGAUGCAUACAAACUCAUACAAGUAUGGAUACUCUGGUUCUGGGAACUAUUACAGUUAUGCUCAUGCCUAUGACAUUGACGAUUACAUGCAUAGAACUGAUGGUGGGCGCAGAACAUGGGAUAACACUACACCUGUAAACAAUGUGGAUUCUGCCAAUGUUGUCCUGCAGGGUGGUGAAGCUCCCCGCACAACUGCAAAUACUACUAGUGAGGAUUGUAAGUUUGAAAACACAGGCAUCCAACAGGUACACCAAAGUCCGGGUAGUCCUCAGGUUGUUUGGCAAGACAACAUUGACCCUGACAAUAUGACAUAUGAGGAACUCUUGGAUUUGGGUGAGGCAGUUGGAACCCAGAGCCGUGGUCUCUCUCAAGAAUGCAUUUCAUUGCUUCCCAUCACUAAGUAUAAGUGUGGAUUCUUUUCAAGGAAGAAAACACGCCGUGAAAGGUGUGUGAUUUGCCAAAUGGAGUACAGGAGAGGAAAUUUGCAGAUUACGCUUCCAUGCAAGCAUGUAUACCAUGCCAGCUGCGUGACAAGAUGGCUUAGCAUAAACAAGGUAUGCCCUGUUUGCUUUGCUGAAGUUCCUGGCGAGGAUUCUCUGAGGCAAUGAUUCAUCAGUUGUGAUGCCACUAUGAAGUUGCUGCUCUGGGUACUGCGCCCCCAAUGGACGCAUGAUUUCUGCUUUGAAGGCAGCUUGUUGUCCCCACUUUAGAAUUGUGUAUUAGCGCCAUAUUACCAAAUAGGUUAUUACUUAUCAGAUGUAUUUAGGUAGUGUUUGGUUUCAGAAUAUGGUAGGAUGGAGUCACUUUGCUCCUAAUUUAUUGUUGUUUGAAUUGAUUUCAUGUAGGACAUAGUAACUCUAAAAAUGGAAAAACUAUGCUUAAAUACUGAA